AGUCUGUCAACCUUUAACACCCAAUAACAGGAUGCUCAUUUGGGUCCAUCACCUAGAGCUGCCUCUUAAAGCUUUUUUUUUUGUUUGUUUGUUUUUUGUAGGACACUUUUUUUGUGUGUGUGAAUUCUAAUGCAGCCUUUCACGUUCCGCAACAUAAUUUCCUUGCUAUAGAUUUUCGCCUGCUUAUUGCUGAGGAAAUCUUGUAAUCUGCAGCGAGUGGGUGAAUUACGAGGCCACCGCCUGACAGACAGACGAACGGAAGGGUAUAUCCCUCCUCUGGCCUCUUGCGGGACCUUACAGGCGAAUUGGCAAUGUCAAGGGAUGAGGAUUUGAGAGUCAAGUGUCGCUGAAUGGGAGCAUUGGUGGUCUGGGUGCAGCUGCCUCGAGAACAAGUGGAAGAAAUGCAGAGACGGCAAGAGUAGUGCGCCCCAUGGAAGUGGACCUCUCCUUACUUUUGUCUUUCAUCAUGCGGGCCAGCCGCUGAAAAGCUUGGCAGUGCCUGUGACUCCAGGCAGCUAAGCUAGCAGCUCCUAGCACUCAGUAUGCAGCCAAAGUGCUGGAAUGACAACGACUCCAUUCAUUGUUGAGGUAGAGGCAAAGGCUGUGGAUCUCCUCUGUCUGUUUUGCAGAAUGGGGGAUACAGAAGAGGAGGGGGCACUUUCCCCAACUUGCAGUACAGCAGAGGAAGUAAGAAUGAGGGAGUGAGAGAGAGAAACAGAAAGGGAGGGAGGAAGAGAGAGAGAGAGAGAGAGAGAGAAAGUGCCGUGCCAUGCCGAAUGAUUGAAAGAGGCGGAGAGGAAGCAGAACUCCAUCAGAUGAAAUGAGGUGAAAAUAAUUCAGGCAUUAAUCAAGCUUGGGCGAAAGGAGGCUGUUCUUUUAUCCCCCCCCCACCCCCUCUCUCUGUGGAAGCGAAUGGAGAGGUGUGAAUGAAGAACUCGAGAGUUAAGACGAGAGAACUACCGGACACUAUCGAGUCAUGUCGGAAUCCAACAGCGGCGCAGCUUGUUUGGCUGAUCAGAAUGGAGCGGUUCCAGGAGAGCCAGUAAAGAAAGAUGAAAACUCCAGAAGGGGGAACUGGGGCAACCAGAUUGAGUUUGUCCUCACCAGUGUUGGCUACGCAGUGGGCCUGGGAAACGUCUGGAGGUUUCCUUACCUCUGCUACAGGAAUGGAGGAGGUGCCUUCAUGUUCCCAUACUUCAUCAUGCUGGUGUUUUGUGGCAUCCCUCUGUUCUUCCUGGAGCUCUCCUUUGGGCAGUUCACCUCCCUCGGGUGCUUGGGAGUCUGGAAGGUCAGCCCCAUGUUUAAAGGUGUGGGCUAUGGAAUGAUGGUGGUCUCGACCUAUAUUGGGAUUUACUACAAUGUGGUGAUUUGUAUUGCAUUUUAUUACUUCUUCAUGUCCAUGACAAACCUGCUGCCCUGGACGUACUGUAACAACCCCUGGAACACUCCUGACUGCACUGGAGUGUUGAGCACUCCACGAGCUAACGCCAGCUUCGCCAAUGUGUCUGCGGUCCUGUCAGGGGUGACUGAGAUAGUCAACCGCACCAAAAGAACCAGUCCUAGUGAAGAAUACUGGAGGAACUAUGUGCUGAAUAUCUCUGAUGGUAUCGGGAACUUCGGGGAGGUGCGUCUACCUAUCCUGGGCUGUCUAGCUGUGUCAUGGAUAGUUGUGUUCCUCUGUCUAAUUCGAGGAGUCAAGUCAUCAGGCAAGGUGGUGUAUUUCACAGCAACCUUCCCUUAUGUGGUGCUGACCAUUCUCUUCAUCAGAGGAAUCACUCUGGAAGGAGCCGUCAGUGGCAUCAAAUACUAUUUGACCCCUCAGUGGGAGAAAAUUCUAGAUGCCAAGGUAUGGGGGGAUGCCGCCUCUCAGAUUUUCUAUUCACUUGGCUGUGCCUGGGGUGGGCUUAUCACCAUGGCAUCAUAUAACAAGUUCCACAAUAACUGUUUUAGAGACAGUAUCAUCAUCAGUGUAACCAACUGUGCGACCAGUGUGUAUGCUGGCUUUGUUAUUUUCUCCAUCCUGGGAUUCAUGGCUCAUCAUCUGGGGGUGGAUGUGUCAGAGGUGGCCGAUCACGGGCCAGGCCUGGCGUUUGUGGCCUACCCAGAGGCCCUGACAUUACUGCCCAUAUCACCUCUCUGGUCCCUGCUGUUCUUCUUUAUGCUCAUUUUAUUGGGCCUUGGUACUCAGUUCUGUCUACUGGAGACUCUGGUGACGGCUGUAGUAGAUGAGAUUGGAACUGACUGGAUUAUCAAAAAUAAAACCUAUAUCACAUUGGGAGUGGCUAUAAUAGGAUUCCUCCUGGGAGUGCCACUGACCACACAGGCAGGAAUAUACUGGUUGCUGCUUAUGGACAACUACGCUGCGAGUUUCUCUCUGGUCGUCAUCUCUUGCAUUAUGUGCAUCUGUAUAAUGUAUGUCUAUGGCCACAAGAACUACUUUAGAGAUGUGGAGAUGAUGCUAGGCUUCCCUCCUCCAAUCUUCUUCAGGAUCUGCUGGAGAUUUGUGUCGCCCUUCAUUAUUACUUUUAUUCUGAUUUUCACCGUGAUACAGUACAAGCCUAUUACCUACAAUGACUAUGUAUAUCCCAGCUGGUCAUUGGUUAUUGGGUUUGCCAUGGCUUUGUCUUCAGUCAUCUGUAUACCUAUCUAUGCUCUGUUCAAGAUUGCUAUGUCUGAAGGAUCCACAUUUUUAGAGCGUUUGAAGAACUCCGUGAAGCCUGACCCAGACUGGGGCCCGGCUCUCCAGGAGCACCGCAAGGGCCGAUACGCCACUACAGGCCCUGAGUCAGUGGAGGUGUGCCCUCUCAAAGAAGACCUGAAGGAUGAGGGUAAAGAGAAACUCAAGGAGAAAGAGGAUGAGAUAGGUUUGACCAUCCCAGGAAGCAACGGCUCCACAUUAAACCCCUCACCAAGCGCAUAGAGGAGCCCCUCCCCACCCUCCCCCCAGGACGGUUCCCAUUCCCACACUGCGGGACAGGCCACUCUCACUGGAGACCUUUACAUAUUGUAAGGGCUUUAUGAAAUCUAACCUCUAGAGAAAUUGGUUGUCAUCCAAAACCUUUUUCUUUUUGUUCACUUAAUUUAAUACUGCAGUCUUAAAAAAAAAGACGUUCAUGUAAAAGGAAGUGUUUGCAUACACGCAGUGUGUAUAUAGCGCAUUGUACAAUAUUUUCACUCUGUGUUGAGUAGUCUGGAAAUGUGACUGUAGCGGCAGCAGGAGCUACAGUGGGACUUGGCUGAUGUGUACAGUGGUGGCAGUGCUGGUCAGGUUUAAUAGCUGAAGACCAAAUAUUCUUUGUGGCAAUGUUGUAAUAGCACUGUUAAAUGGAGUGUUAUUUUCAGUUUCUUGUUUGGGGACCAUCUCAUUCACAAGCCAGUUUGGCCAAUGUAGAUGUCUGAGAGCAGGGUGGCUGAUGGUCAAUGUAAUGCCAGUACAUGAUAUAAUGCAUGUUACAUGACCUUUUAACACCAUAAUAACUCAAAAUCCACUUAAAACUAGAAAUCAAAAAAGUCUGUUAUCCAUUGACUAGAUUUCCACUCAAUUUUGGAGCUAACACUUUUGUUAACCGGCAAAGUAGACUGGCUGAUACCAAUAAGCAUAGGCCAAGAGAAUAUCAACUUUAUUUCAAUGUAAGUGAGAGCACAAAUACAAAACAAAGGAUAUUUGGUCUUAAGCUCUUACUGACUGAGGUAUCUGGACCGAGGCAUAUAACUAACUACUCAAGCCCAUGCUCAGGGUUACACACAAUUUGCUUUUUUGCAAAACCUUUCCAACACCUUGAGAUGACUUAUUGCUGAUCUUGAGUAUUUGACAAAAAGGAGAGGGGGUUUUCAUGUAGGAACUUCCACAUGAAAUGCCAAAUCUGUCUAGUCUUCCGGGCAUCUCGAGCCGAGGCAUCUCCUGAGCGAGGGGAGCAUGUGUGCGAUAACAGAAGCAGCUAGUUCCUCAUUAGAUUCAGUACUGCAGUAUGCACACUAACCCCGCUCCACACGGAAAAAGAGGCAUGUUACCAAAAACGUGCACAGACCUUUGUGUUCUGAUUUAGUUGGUAUGUUUGUGUGUAUUUUUUGCUGUCUAUAUGUGUUAAGAGACUUGAACUGGUGUGUAUGUGUCAUUUAAAGGCAUCUGGCUGUGCUGAAAUGAAAGGUCGUGUCAUCGAAACACUGCAAAAGAUGUAACUCAAGGUUGCAUGUGGAACGACCAGAAGUAAACAUAGCAUCAGUCAAAAAUCACUGUGGUUAGUUAGUGAAAUCGUUGGGGAAGUCAGCUUUUUUGGCCUAGUGUUUUAAAACAACAUUAUAAAGACUUAUUGGACAAAUAAAAGGUCAAACUAUCAGAUACUUAGCCUAAUCAAACACCAGUGGAACACAAUCAAUUUAAUCAACUCCAUAGUAUAAAUACAGCUGACUUACCUCUGUCCAUUGAUGGUUUAUCAGCAUCCCUCCUCCUCCACAUCCCCUCACUUCCAGUUCAUUUUACACUUAUACAAGGAGGGAGGUACUCUAGGUUCGGGCCAUUCCCGAGCUCGGAGCCCUUCCCCAAAUACACGCCAAAUACACAUUAUCAUACUUCAGCCAAUUAUAUGUAAAUCGUGAAUCAUAUCAUUCCAGUGACAUUUCAACAAGGCCCCUUAUGAUGCAUAUGGUUGUAGUGGCACAUAUACAUGGAAGAAGAGUCCUGGUUAUACUGUGAAUUUGUCUGGGAUGUUGCCUGACGCCUUUAAACAGGAAGUCUGGCAAAGCAGCUGCUAAUGUGCUGACGCAUCACGUAUCGAGACUUCUGAUUAAACAGUGAAUCUCUGUAUAUAGUCGAUACAAAAUAGUUCAUUUGGUAUUUCUCUCCUGUGUUGUGAUGUGCUCCUUCACUUUGAGUCGGAAUGAGGCAAAGAAAUGCUUGGUUGCAUUCAUUUUGAUAAUACGAAGUUAGAUAAUACAAAGUCUCAUCUUUUAAAUUAGCUUAAUUUAAUUUAGAAAUUCGAACUUCAUUUUGAUGUCAUAGAUCGCUAAAGCUGCCUUAGUUUAAAGGUAGCAUGGAGCGAAAGAAAUGAUCAUCGUGUUUUCUUUACUACUAGUUAAAAAUUAAACAUCAGAAGCUAUGUUGAAAGAACUUACUAAAUUUGUCAUGUCUCAUGUAAUCAUGUUGAAACAGGAAAGUCAUUCAGUGGCGACUGCUAAAAGAAGAGCGUAUAAAUACACCGUAAACACAUGUAAUUGAUGUCUUAUUUAGCAUAAGCUCGAAUAAAUCUCCAGAUUCUAUCAAAAGAUGUCAGUUUUCAUGACAGCACCAUUUAAUUAGAGUUUCGCAAUGGAUUAUGAACAAAUACGUUUUUGAAAGUGUUUUUGAUAUUUUUUUGAGAUAGUUCUUUCACUGAAUAAAACUGUUUCUGGGCCAAAAUGACUCAAAAUGAUGGAGCAGGUCACAGUUAAAGUCAGUAUUCAAAAACCUGAUGGCAUAAUAGUCUACGUCAUUGUUAUUUGUACAUUUUAUUAAUCUUUGCAUGA